UACACAUUUCAUAUAUGGUCAUCCUUCUAGCUAAGAAAGGAAAGCCUUCCAGACUUCAAACUUAAUUAACUUUGAAAUGAAUAUGCAGAGAUCGGAAAUGGAUAGCAGAUUAUUUGAAGCAGCUAUUGCAGGCAACAUUAAUGCAUUACAUCAACUGCUCGAUGAAAAUCCAUUGAUCCUCGCCGAUUCUGCACUCAUUUCUCCGCAUGAGAACCCGUUGCACAUCGCUACCAAGGCAGGGCAGCUGGGUUUUGUGCGAGAAAUGAUUAGACUAAGGCCUGAAUCAGUGAGAGAAUUGAACAAAGACGGGUUUAGGCCACUAGAUAUAGCCGCAGCUUUGGGGCACAUAGAGAUAGUGAAAGAGAUAAUUUUGAGGAGUACUGGUACUGCAGGGAAGGAAGUAUGCAGUUUGAAGGGUAAAGAGGGAAGAACAGCCAUUCACUAUGCUGCUAUCAACGGUAAAGUUGAGGUCAUGGAUGAACUGUUUAAUGCUUGGGAUGGAUGUAUUAGAGAUGUCACGGCUUCUGGAGAAACUGCACUUCAUCUAACUGUAAAGUACAACAAGUUUGACGCCUUUAGAAAGUUCAUAGAAUGGCUGGAAUUUCGUGGUUCGGAAGAGCUUGUGAAUUCUGGUGAUGAAGAUGGGAACACAGUCCUCCACCUUGCAGUCUCUAAAAAGCAAUGCGAGUAUGUUCAACUGCUGCUCAGUUGUAAUAGCAAUAUUGCCAACAAAUUGGAGGUAAAUGCAAAAAACAAAAGGGGUUUGACAGCAAUGGAUAUCAUGGAAAAUUUGAUAGUAGAAAAUCCAAGUGAUAUCCGUUUACGUGAAACCCUUCAGCGUGCUGCAGCUUCAACGACCACAUCUCCACCGACAGCUUCUGCUCAGCACGUUGCAGUAAAUGUUGCGAACAAUCUGAAGCCUAAACGUCCAUCGAGAGCUCAAGCUGCAAAUGAUUGGAUCAAAUAUUUCCGUUAUCAGAAGGGGAGAGACUCACCAAGUGAUACCCGCAAUGUUCUGCUGGUUGUGGCCGCACUCAUUGCAACCGUCACCUUCCAAGCAGGAGUCGACCCUCCAAAUGGCUUGACUAAAAAUAACAUUGAAAGUUGUACCAAUAUAAAUGCACCUUCUCCUCUGGCACCGCCGCCAGUGGAAAAGCCGGGAAAGAUGGGCCCAGGACCAGCAGUGGGUUUAGGUGUACUCUUUGCAAAACUAGGCAGUACGCUGCAUGCAGCAGAGUAUUUCAUAUUUGUGAAUUCACUGGGUCUUGCUUCAUCAAUUAGUGUCAUAAUCUACCUCACAUCUGGAUUUCCUUUCAAGAGAGAGCUUCAUAUAUCUAUGUAUUCCAUGUUAUUUGCUUAUGGCUGGUCAAUACAAGAUAUUGAUUCAGAGAACAAGACCACACGUCAUAUCCUUAUGGGGUCUGCAUUUCUGUUACCUUUCUUGUUAAGAUGGCUGCCGAGGUGGGCUAAAAGAAUAUGGAGGUGGUACAAGAAGAAGACAUUAUUAGAGCACCAUCAUGUAUAAGGAAUUAGUUACUAGUGUUUUAAGUUUCAAUGAGUAAGGUUAUAUUCUGUAUGUUGAAGAAAUCUAGAAAUUUAUGGAAAUAAAUAUAUCCAUUUUUAA